AUGGAGAGAGACUAUGACACACAGGAGGAGAGAGCUAAACGCAGGAUGGAGAGAGAGCUACAAACAGAGAGGAGGAAAGACCUAGCAGCACAGUGGCGAGUGAGGAGAGAGAGGCUAACGAGCACCGGGCAGGAGGAUGAGAGCCUCGAGCUACAGGGCAGGAGGAGGGAGAUCAUACGACCGGUGCAGAGAGUCUUCACCUCUCCAGCCUUCCGCCAGGCCCCCCAUGGAAUCCAGAUGUCCUCCGUCAAGAAGAGAAGAUCCACUGAUGAGGAAGUGUUUUGUCUGCCUAUUAAAGGCCGUGAAAUUUAUGAGAUUUUGGUAAAAAUCAAAGAGUCACUGGAACUCAUGCAGUUUCUGCCUCAGCACACUGUCGAGUCAUACAGGCAGCAGCAGCAGAACCUCCUGCAGAAACAGAGCGGCAUGGCCCCCCAGCCCCAGUAUGGCUCCAGCUCCCCUCCUCACCCCCACGGCAAGGUCAACAAGCUCCCCUCCGUCAGCCAGCUCAUCAACCCCCAGCAGCGCAACAUACUCACCCCUUCCUCCAUGCCCCAAGGCCUGACUGACAUGAGUCCGAUGAUGAGCCACAUGGCGAUGAAUGCUGACAUGUCGACCAUGAGCCCCACCCACAUCCUGCAGCCCCAGUUACCCAUGGUGCCCAGCUCCCACUGCACCCCACCGCCUCCCUACCCUAUGGACAGCAGCAUCUCCAGCUUUCUCCUGCGGCUGGGCUGCGCAGCCUGCCUGGACUACUUCACAGCACAGGGCCUGACCAACAUCUACCAGAUCGAGAACUAUAACUUGGAGGACCUGUCCCGGCUGAAGAUCCCGCAGGAGUUCCAGCACGUCAUCUGGAAGGGCAUCAUGGAGCACCGGCAGAGCAUGGAGUUCUCCCCUCCUCCCCACAUCCUGCGUACCUCCGGCGGGGCCUCCACCGUCAGCGUAGGGUCCUCCGAGGCCCGCGGCGAGCGGGUCAUCGACGCCGUGCGCUUCACCCUGCGCCAGACCAUCUCCUUCCCUCCGCGCGACGACUGGUCCGACUUCUCCUUCGACCUGGACUCCCGACGCAACAAGCAGCAACGCAUCAAAGAGGAGGGUGAAUAGAGGACACACUCUGGCCCGGAAUUUCAAUCUAAAUCGAUUUUUAAAAGCACACUGCAACAAUGGGUCUGUAAAAGGCCAUUUCCCUGACAUUCACAGAGAUCGCUUUUUACAAACGCUGUGGCUGUCAGCUCAAGCAUAUAUUAGCUUUAAAAAAAUAAAAAAGUAGAGUGCAGUACUCUUCUCAGCAAUGCACCUUGGAUUGAAGCCCCUGGCUCGGUCCCCCUUCAUAUGUCAUACACCUGUUGACCAACCCACUCUCCUGUCACAGUACAGAACCAGGACAUCUUUGCUUCAACGUUCCAAAGCUCAGAUAUCCUACACAGCAAAAUACUACGCAAAUAAAAAUGCACUUAUUUUUUUUUAAGCAUUCAUUAGCUGCCAGCUAGAUGAGAGAAAACAGCUAUAUUCUUUAUUUUUUUUAAUCAAAUUUCUUGAGACAAAAGCACUUAAGAAAUGCUUUUGUGAUUGCUUUGAUAUUGUUUUAUAGUGUUCAUUAUCCAUUCCAAUGUUAACGCAUGACUUGAGAGGAAACUUUUGGGGGGUUUUGUUGUUGUUGUCGUUGUUGUUGGCUGAGAUUCAAUCCAAGGCGCGUUAUAGAGCAGGACACUAGACAGCCAAGAUUCUUCCUGACGUUAAGACGUGUAUUUAUGUCAGUGUUUCAGUCUUGCUGUUGACUCACUUGGUAAACCUAGAAGAACCUCACAUUAAAACAGGCGAGUGGCGGCAUCUAGUGGCCAUAUUGGUACUGCACCAAACGCUGCUAAAUACAUGUCAAAAUGGAGUCAUAUAUUAACGUCUGCUCAAACGUAAAUUACGGUCGUCACUAGUUACCAUAGCCACCAAAUCAUAAUUAUGGCGAAACCCUUGACUAUUUCUCUUCUUAAAAUCUGAUUUUUAACCUAAACCCACUGCCGACAUUAUGCCCAACCUUAAGAUUAAAAAUCACAUUUUUGUUUUCAGGAAUUUUUUCGAUAUAGCCAUUUUGACUUUGUGGCUGUGGUAACUAGUGACAACCUUAAUUAAAGAACCUUUAAAAGUCAACGUGUACUAUGCCGCUCUAUACAACACGUCGGGUUGAAUCCCCUAUCUCUGCUGCUCAAUACUGGACUGUUAUGGCUGCCUGUUAUCUUUAGUUCACAACACUGUUUUGACCUGAUUGUAUACACUUCCAAGAUACAUAUUUUUGACUUCCUGUCAGAGAGAAGUGUUAACGACAUGCUGUAAUGGCUUUCUACUGUGCCUCCCGUGAUGUCCAGGAAACCUGGGAAUGUUAACCCUAGUGUUAGCCAUCGUGUUUAUAAGUACCUAAUGUAUUUCUACGUGAACGAGAAUAAUGCAUCAUCACACAAACCGUUGUACCUGAAGUAUUUACGUUAGUCAUUACUCAGUAACUGAAACGAACAAGAAACUCAAUAUGCUCAUAGCCCCUGAUGUUGUGAUGGUGGUUAUCAAUAAACGUGACCGAUGGUGAUAUCAAUAAACGUGA